GAGCCGAGCGCCCUCGAGGUCGCCGAGGCGGCGGCGGCCAAGGCCAAGGAGGAGACGAAGGAGCUCAAGGACCAGCUCCUCCGCGCGAUCGCCGAGGCGGAGAACACGCGGACCAUCGCGCGGCGAGACGUGCGCAACGCCAAGGACUUCGCGGCCACGUCCUUCGCCAAGUCGAUCCUCGACGUGUCCGACUCGCUGAGCUACGCGCUCAAGUCCGCGGACGACGACGCGGAGCUCACCGUCGACAAGCUCCGCGAGGGCGUCGAGCUCACGAAGAACCAGCUCGUCAAGGCCUUCGCGUCCAACGGGCUCGUCGAGUACGGCGCCGCCGACGACGCCUUCGACCCGGCGCUCCACGAGGCCCUCUUCGAGUACGACGACCCGGACAAGGACGAGAAGACCGUCGGCCAGGUCGUCAAGACGGGCUUCAAGCUCCACGACCGCGUCAUCCGCGCGGCCCAGGUCGGCGUCGUCAAG